UUAGAGGUGUUUGUAGCCUUUUGAGGACCAAAAAAAAAAUGUAUAAACCAUACGGAGUGUGGAAAGUGAGGAGAUCCUUAAAGGGCUUUUAAGCCUCAAGACCUGGAUUUAGGGUUAGGGUUUGUCUUUUAGUUGCGAUGGUUAAGGUAAAGGAUCAGCAUUAAUGUCUCACUGUGAAGGAAGCACAACGUGUGUGUGUGUGUGUGUGUGUGUGUGUGUGUGGGUGUGUGCGCAUGCGUGCAUGUGCGUGUGUGUGUGUGUGUGUGUGUGUGUGUGUCUGGUUUAAAGGAGCAGCAGCAAACCUCCAGCUCAGUCAGGAGUGAACUCACUCCAAGGCCUUGUUUCGUUUGUUCUGGUGUGUUUGGAGGAUGAUGAACUCCACUCUGGUGUCAUAUUUCACAUUGUCUGUGUACAUUGAACUCGGUCUCUUUAAAUACGUGUUGUUCGUGUGUGUUCUGUGUAUCUACAUGGUCAUGGUGUGUGCUAACGUGCUGCUGAUUGUAGUCAUCUGUAUGAACAGAAGUCUACACGAGCCUAUGUACAUGUUUCUGUGCAGCCUGUUUGUAAAUGAACUGUGCGGGGGCACAAGUUUGUUUCCGUUGCUGCUGGUGCAGAUCCUCUCUGAUGUUCACACCAUCUCUGUUCCUUUCUGUCUCCUGCAGCUCUAUUGCAUACAUACUUAUGGCACUGUGGAAUAUUUCCUUUUAACCAUUAUGUCGUAUGAUCGCUACCUCGCCAUCUGUUGCCCUCUGCAGUACAGCACACGCAUGUCGACGUCCACGAUCUCCAAACUGCUCACUGUGGUGUGGUUGUCCGGGGUCGUCUCAUGUGUCAUCAUGAUCUCUCAGACGUCGUCUAUGCGGCUGUGUGGGAAUGUCAUCGAUAAGGUUUACUGCGACAACUACUCUGUGGUCAGAUUGGCGUGUUCAGAUACGAGCAUCAACAACAUCUACGGCCUCAUCAUCACGUUCAGCACCAUUGUUCUUCCUAUGGUCCUCAUCGUAUUUACCUACUUGAAGAUUCUGCUCGUUUGCUCCUCGGGCUGCAAACAGUCACGGCAGAAGGCAGUCAGCACGUGUGUGCCUCACGUGGUAGCGCUGAUCAACUUCUCGUUAGGAUCCAGUUUUGAAAUUGUCCAGAGCAGGUUUAACAUGAAAGGAACUCCAAACGUGCUGAGGAUCAUUCUGUCGCUGUACUGGCUCACGGUGCAGCUGCUCCUCAACCCACUGAUGUAUGGAUUCAACUUGAGUAAAAUACGUAUCAUAUUAAAAAAACGGCCUUUUGCUGAACUGUUGCUGUAAUCAACAAGGUUUCUUGUUUCCACAAAUGGGACUCAAGUUUGUAUUUUGUUUCCCAUCAUGUUUCUGUGGCAUUUUGUUUCAAGUUGUCACUUCAAAUUCCACAAACCAAAUGGAUGAGCAAUAUGAUACUUAGUAUGUAUUGUCUGAUACUGAUUAAAAUCACUGAAUGAGUAAUUGGGAAGAAAGAGAAAAAUGUAAAAUCCUAUCAGAUUGAUCACAUUGUUAA